ACUCCUCCCAGUUCCCUGAUCCUGAUUAAGCAGGUUGGUGCCCCAGUGCGGGUGGGAAGGUGACAGUUCAUUACAGAUUCAGAGAAGAGACCAAACAUGAAGCCUGUGACUGCGCUUGUGUUCCUGGGGCUACUGGGUGCCUGUGAGGUGGCAUCAGUAUCGGAGACAACGCCGGGAUCUAUAAACAGCCUCCUGCAAUGUCCGGACCAGGAUAUCUGCAGUUUGGCCAGUGUUUGCUGCAUCCCCGGAGUCGACAGUUACGGUUGGAUCGCUGCCGCCGUGGGCUGGAGCUUGUGGUUUCUCACGCUUAUUCUGUACUGCGUCGGCAAAGUUAUGAAUCUUCACCCCAAUGAGCCAAAGUAUCAACCGGCGUAAAGUGGACGUGACCUGAUCCUGAGACACAAGGACUUUCCCUCAAUUAUCUGAUGAUGUUCUCCAACCUCCACAGGCCUUAGCAGUUCAAGAGAUCUUGGGGUAACAGUCACCCUGCUAUAGUUACAGGGGUACCCAGGGCACAAAUAAGCAUUCACCCCAAAUCUCCCCCUAACUGACCUUCAGACUGGGCCCCCUUAGCUCAUAACAAGGUUACAGAUAUAUAGAAACAUUGGCGUGUCACCCUGCUAUAGUUCCAGGGGUACCCAGGGCACAAAUAAACACUCACCCCAAAUCUCCCCCUAACUGGCCUUCAGACUGGGCCCCCUUAGCUCAUAACAAGGUUACAGAUAUAUAGAAACAUUGGGGUAACAGUCACCCUGCUAUAGUUCCAGGGGUACCCAGGGUACAAAUAACAACUCACCCCAAAUCUCCCCCUAACUGACCUUCAGACUGGACCCCACUUAGGCCAUGUUACUCUAUUUGUGCUUCAGCAGCCACUGCACUGGAUUCCCAACUAUGAUCUGAUCUGUAAUAUUAUUAUUUUGAAAAUAAAUAACUUUGUGGGGGGGGGAGAGAAACAGAAACAAGCUUCAAUUUGUAUCAGUCUCCAGUUGGGUCCAGUAAAGAAAUACAAACAAUAAAUGACUUUUUUUCCCA